AUGUCUAAACUAGUCAGAAGAACUAUUUUACCUGCCAUAACGGUUGUAUGCAUCGUUUUUUUCGUAGUACUAGAAUCCUCAAAGAAACCAAAUGAUUCCUUAUAUGAUGCUGGAUCCCACAUAUUUGAUUCCAUAAGUCAUUUAUCCUUUGUUGAUGGACAACUAAUAGAACACAAACCACCAAACCAACCACUUUUGAACGAGCAAUUUAAGAAUAUUGACAGCAACCCAGAUAUUAAUCUACAAACCAUUAAGCAAGCGGAUGGAGAAAAGAAAAAGUUAAAGGAAAAAGAAGAAGAAGAAGAAAAGCAAUUGGAUCCUUGUACAGUAUUCAAUCCAAUAAAUAAAGGAUUUAUUGAUUUGAGUGGAUUAUCGUCCUUGUCAAACGAAGGCAAAGCGUUGCCAUGGGUUUCUAAAGGAUACGACAGUGGUAAGAAUUAUACAAUAGGUAUAUGUUCAUCUCCAUUCAAAAAACACCAUAGUGAGAUCACUGAAAUCCAAGACAAUCUCAACUCAAGUUUAAUUGGUGCAUAUUACGUUGAUGCCGAAACCAAAAAAUAUGUAUCUAUGGGUAAGUAUUCGACUGUACCCAAAUUUAGAGGUAGAAAAUUGACUUUAACAUAUGAAAACGGAUCCUAUUGUGAUAUAAUUGAUAACAACACAAAUCAAAGACUACGUAAAUCGACUAUUUUAACAUUUACUUGUGAUCGUGAAAUGUCAGCUAGAGCACUGGUUUCAUAUAUUGGUCAAGCAAAUGAAUGUACUUAUUUUUUUGAAAUCAGAUCACAUCAUGCAUGUCCUACUGCUGCUAAAGCUAAUAAUCUAGCUGCUGUAUGGAUAUUUUUGUUUAUAUUUUUGGCUGCUGUAUUUGUUUACUUUUCUGGUGGAUUGUUGUAUAGACAGAUGAAACAGGCUUCAAGUGCUAGAAGUAAAGUAUAA